UCAGUCACAGUCCGUCAGAAACACUUUUGCAGCCCACUUUCGUUGCGGUGGAGCGAUUCCUUGAGAGCAGAUUUACAUCUAGAAAAUAAACAAUGUGGUUCGAAAUCCUGCCCUCGUUCGGUAUCAUUACGGCCGUCCUGUCCGUGCCCGGGUUCGCAAUGUACGGUCUGCAUCUGCUGACGCUGGACAACGCUUACCGGCGUAACACCGAUCAAAGAUGGGAGCGCGUCAUGUACGUUCGGGACAUGCGUCUCACUGGCAAUCCCUACAAAUCCAACGGAUUGGAAGCUAUUCCAGAUAAGUAAACCGGCUUGUUUUGUUCUAUGCAUCUUCAGAAUUGUAGAUAAAAUUGGAUUCGCUUUAAUCUAAAGUACAGAA